CACCCUUUCUCACUUGUGUGGAGCAAAAAAAUCUGAACAACUGCCGACUGCAAUACACACACACAACACACACUCAAUCACACACACAUCAUCAUCUUCUUCAUCAACGAUGGCGUUUCGAAUGAGUCCGGUGACGCUUCAACGGGAGAUAUAUCCUUCAUACACUUUUCAUCAAUCGAAAAAUCUCAGAUCUCCUAAAUUCGCGAUGGCUUCCACCAUCGGAUCCUCCACUCCGAAGGUUGAAAGUACCAAGAAGCCCUUCACCCCACCACGCGAGGUACACCUUCAGGUGACACACUCCAUGCCCCCACAAAAGAUAGAAAUCUUCAAAUCAAUUGAGGGUUGGGCCGAAGACAACAUCUUGGUCCACCUAAAGCCAGUCGAGAAAUGCUGGCAACCACAGGAUUUCUUACCAGAACCCGCAUCUGACGGUUUCGAGGAACAAGUGAAAGAACUAAGGGCUCGGGCCAAAGAAAUUCCCGAUGAAUACUUCGUUGUAUUGGUUGGAGACAUGAUCACAGAGGAAGCCUUACCUACCUACCAAACCAUGCUUAACACACUAGACGGUGUGCGUGAUGAGACCGGAGCUAGCCCUACACCUUGGGCUAUCUGGACCAGGGCUUGGACCGCUGAGGAAAACCGGCACGGUGAUCUUCUUCACCAGUAUCUCUACCUUUCGGGGCGCGUUGACAUGAGGCAAAUUCAGAAAACCAUUCAAUAUCUCAUUGGGUCUGGAAUGGAUCCACGAACAGAAAACAGUCCGUACCUAGGGUUCAUCUACACAUCAUUUCAAGAACGCGCCACCUUCAUCUCGCAUGGAAACACCGCGCGUCACGCAAAGGAUUACGGGGAUCUAAAACUGGCUCAAAUUUGUGGUACGAUCGCCGCUGAUGAAAAAAGGCACGAAACCGCCUACACUAAAAUCGCUGAAAAACUAUUCGAAAUCGACCCUGAUGGCACGGUUCUUGCUUUUGCCGACAUGAUGAGGAAAAAGAUCUCCAUGCCCGCACACUUGAUGUAUGACGGGCGCGAUGACGACCUUUUCGACCAUUUUUCGGCUGUUGCACAAAGACUCGGUGUGUAUACCGCGAAAGACUAUGCGGACAUUUUGGAGUUCUUGGUGGGUCGGUGGAAGGUGGCGGAUCUUACCGGGCUUUCUGGUGAAGGGCGUAAGGCCCAAGACUAUGUGUGCGGGCUACCUUCGAGAAUCAGAAGGCUCGAGGAGAGGGCUGCCGCAAGAGCAAAAGAAGGACCGAGCAUUCCGUUCAGCUGGAUUUUCGAUAGAGAAGUGAAGCUCUGAGAAAAACAAGUUUAAGGUUCUGUUGCUUUCUAUGGAUAGAGGUAAAAAAAACAAAAAACCUAUGUUAGGGGUUUGUUUCGUGUAGCGAUUAUGUGUUUUGUUCUUGAAUUUGGAAUGUGUUACUAGUUUGAACUUGUUUGGAUGUUGGACAUAUUAUAGAACUUGUUAUGCCAGUUUUGAUGAUGAUGGUUAUCGUCUG